AUGGCGACGGGACUGGAUAGCGCACCGGCGGCGCCACCUACGCCGCAGGAGGUGACGAGGAAACUGUCUAUACAUUCUGUAGUGCGACCAAAGAUCUCGCCCGCACCAUCAGGCGCACUCUUCGACGACCGCGACUCUGAUGCGCAUCUGUAUGAAUCAGAUACUGGAGAGAUACCGUCUUCUCUUUCGCGCUCGCCUGGUGCGCCUGCGCUUGGUGCAAUUGCGGAGAGGAGGCGGUUGGCGAAGGGACCACCGUUGACGGAUGACGAGGAGGCAUUGGACGAUGAGGACGAGGACGGAGAGGGCUUGGCGCCGGAGGAGGAAGAAGGCGAUGAGCAUGAACAAGGAAGCGAGUGGCGGGCGGGUACACGCGGGCUUUCAGGAACGGGCGCGGCUGAGAACGAGAAGGACUUGCGAUCAGGAUAUCUAUGGAAGAAGGGCGAGCGGCGACCAAAGGCUUGGCGUCGUCGGUGGUUCGUGCUCAGGAGCGCACACAUCGCCUACUAUGCAUCGAGUGCGGAGUACGAGCUUCAUCGCCUGCUCGAUCUCGCAGACGUACAUUCCUGCACCCCCGUCUCGCUGCGUCGGCAUACGCACACAUUUGGGCUGGUCACGGCGACGAGAACAUACUACCUCAAGGCUGCGACGGCGAACGAGGCAACAGAGUGGUGUGCGGCGAUAAAGCAGGCGAGGGAGGAGUUGCUCAGUUUGGCACCUACGUCAAGCCCAGAACGGGCGAGCGUGCCUAUCCCUAUCCCCAUCACGCCACGACGUGCAAGUGGCGGACAGGGGAUGCACGGAUUGACGAGCAGCGAGAGCGAGGAUGCGAGUCCGCGAACACGGCGCGCGUUCGCCGCAGGGACUGGGGCGGGAGCGUCGCCUGGCGCGGCAGCUGGACUAGCCGACCCUGCGCGAACGUUGGUGUCGGGAUAUUUGAUGAAGUGCGGGCAGAAGCGCAAGAUCUGGCGCAAACGAUAUUUCGUGCUCAAUGGCGAGAAGCUCAUGUACAGCGCGAGCCACAUGGAGAGCAAACCGCACAGGCAGAUCGCACUGUCGCAGGUUCUGGACGCGUUCGAAUACGAAUACGAGGGUGGAGGGGAGGGUCUGGAGGGGGGUGGGGGCGCGCACGUAUUCAAAGUUGUCACUACGAAGCGUGCGCUGGUGCUGAGUGCACCGAGCGAGGAGGAGGAGAUACGCUGGGUUAGCGCCGUGCGGGCGCUGCUGGCACGGCGGGGAGAGAGGGACGCGGCGUCUGGAGUGUAG